UCGUCUCGGCGGCGUUGGCGGCCAAAGCCUCGGCAAGAAAAACCCUAGGAAGCAGCAGCAGCAGCAGCAGCAGCAGCGAAGAAGCUGGCGAUGGAGCCGCGGAAGUCGAGCUCCAGCUCCAGGAAGGGGGACAGGGACGAGAUCUUCGCGGACUGCUCCUUCGCCAGCCUCGGCCUCCACUCCGCGCUGUGCGACCAGCUCAAAGAGCGGCUGGGAUUCGAGGUGCCGACUCGCGUGCAGGCCCGGACGAUUCCCGUUGUCCUCUCCGGGCGACAUGUGCUGGUCAGCGCGGCCACGGGGACCGGGAAGACGAUCGUGUACUUGGCGCCGAUCGUUCAUCACUUGCAGAAACGUGAUCCUCGGAUCGAACGGUCCGAUGGGACUUUCGCGUUGGUACUUGUACCGACGCGCGAGUUAUGUUUGCAGGUGUAUGAAAUCCUGCAGAAGCUGUUGCACCGGUUCCAUUGGAUUGUCCCUGGUUAUAUUAUGGGCGGUGAAAACAGGUCGAAGGAGAAAGCGAGGUUGCGGAAAGGGAUAUCCAUUCUUGUGGCGACGCCUGGACGCCUUCUCGAUCACUUGAAGAACACAUCAUCAUUUGUUCGCAUGAAUUUGCAAUGGAUAGUUUUUGAUGAAGCAGAUAGCAUUUUGGAGCUGGGAUUUGGGAAAGAAAUAGAGGAUAUAUUAAACAUACUGGGGUCAAGGCAAAAUGGUUCUAUUGGCGAGAAACCUGGAGCUUCGAGGGAUGCUGGAUUUCAGAGGCAGAACUUAUUACUGUCUGCCACCUUAAAUGAGAAAGUAAAUCAUCUUGCUAAUAUUAGCUUACAAGAUCCUGUUCUAAUUGGUCUCGAUGACAAGAAGCUGCAACUAGAACCAUCACCUCAAAAAGUAAAAUCUUCAGGAUCUGACAUCAAUGAGGAAUUGGAAUUUCCUGGUAAAAGAGAAACGUCACUGGCAAGCAACUAUAAUCUUCCGUCGCAAUUAGUUCAGAGAUAUGUGAAAGUACCUUGUGGUUCCCGGCUUGCAGUACUUCUGUCCAUUUUGAAGCACCUUUUUGAGAGAGAAGCCUCACAUAAGAUUGUGGUAUUCUUUUCAACAUGUGAUGCGGUAGACUUCCAUUACACAUUGAUCAGUGAAUUUCUGUGGUCUCCGCGUUCACAAGAAACCGAAGUCAAGAGCAAGUUCUUGAGGUGCAAAGCAUUUCGUUUACAUGGCAAUAUGAAACAGGAGGAUAGAAGAAUGACAUUUCAGUCCUUUAAGACAGAGAAAUCGGCUCUCCUUCUGUCUACAGAUGUAGCUGCUAGAGGCUUAGAUAUCCCAAAAGUCAAAUGUAUAAUACAGUACGAUUCUCCUGGAGAGGCUACUGAAUAUGUGCAUAGGGUUGGCAGAACUGCCCGUUUAGAUGAAAGAGGCGAAGCUCUCUUGUUCUUGCAACCGGCCGAAAUGGAUUAUCUACAGGACUUGGAGAAGCACGGUGUAGGUUUGGCAGAAUAUCCCAUCUUGAAGGUGUUGGAUAGUUUCCCACUGUACGGCCAGAAGCUCCAUGCCAAGAAUUUUGUUUCCUUGGAUUUACAUCCUUGGGUGCUAGCUCUGCAAAAGGGACUCGAGCUCUUUAUUUCGGCCGAGGCAAGAAUACAUUCGCUUGCCAAGAGUGCGUAUUGCUCUUGGGUCCGUGCAUUUGCAGCCCAUCGUGGGGAGCUCAAGAGAAUUUUUAUGGUGAAGAAACUUCACCUGGGCCAUGUUGCAAAGAGCUUUGCUCUGAAAGAACAGCCAUCUUUAGUGGGGCAAUCAUUCCAGAAGCAAGCAAAGAAGAGAAAACGAGAUCAAAGGCUGAAGGGCUUGUCAAAAAAGAGGAGGGUUAGCAGGAAAACAUGAGUAUUGAUCGGAAGCUAUACUUGUGGACAUUUAGCCUGACCGCCCCUGAUCUUGGAAAGUUUUGGGCAUGCUGGUGAUGAAUUGACCGUCUCACCGUUCUUCUGUUGUUCAUCACAGCUUUCUUGAAGGCCAACCCCAGUGACCAUUCAAUGAAUCAAGCUGCAUGAUUGAACUCAUUUUUGGCUUCAGGGUUUCAUGCUCAUUCUGAAAGAAGAAAGGAUGGAUAUAGGUUUAUGGUUGGUUAACUGAAGGUGAAAUUUUGAUACGAAGUUAUGGAAAGUACAUCUGCUUAGUCGAAUACUUUUUCUUUUCUGUAUAAGCUAAUUCAUGUUUAGCUGGGAAAAUUAUUUUUAGGUUGCGCUUCCUAGCCCUGGAGUUUAAGAUUAAGCGUAAGUAGAGUGAUAUCCAUUUUGUGUGCGACCGGCUCCGAGAGGAAUUUCUAAGAACUGAAAUACGAUGGCGGAGCACAUAUACUGUUGUGAGCUGAUCUCGCAUCUUCGCUCUUGUUACCUUAA